ACUUUGAUUACUCUCACACUAAACUCGCUGCACCUUCCUACCAUAUUCUCGUUUUUUUUUUGCUCUCAUCCCAACUUGUUUCCUCCAUUGUCUUAGCUCAAUCCUUGCUUUCGUUGAACAACAGCGAAGAAAUUGAGAAAAAACAAUGUCGUCCUUUGUUAUUGAAGAAACCAAGAAGCUAUGGGCCACAUGGAACGUCAGGGUAUUCGUUAUUGUUAGCCUUUCAGUGCAGGUCUUCUUAAUUCUGUUUGCACCAUAUAGAAAAAGGAGAGGUAAGAUAUAUGGGAAAUGUGUCGACUUGUUGAUCUGGUCGAUUUACUUGUUGGCUGAUUGGGUUGCCGGUUUUUCAAUCGGAUUGAUCGUAAGCAAGCAAAUCAAAAGUCCUACUGAAAGUAGUGACAUCCAGGUCUUUUGGGCACCCUUUCUCUUAUUGCACCUCGGUGGUCCUGACACCAUUACUGCCUUCGCUCUCGAAGAUAAUGAGUUUUGGGUGAGGCACUUGCUUGGGCUCUUGUUGCAGGUUGGUUCUACUGCCUACGUCUUCAUUAAGUCCCUUCCAGAGAACAAGCUUUGGCUCCCAACCAUGCUGGUGACAGUGGCAGGAAUAAUCAAAUACGCUGAACGUAACCGUGCAUUUUAUCUUGCAAGCUUUGAUCAUCUUGGAGAUGGCUGGGCACCUAGCGAAUGGGGAGAUGAACUUCCGAUUCCAGUGGAAUUCCAAAAGAUGGACGCCAAAACCAUGGAAAAAUUUGAGAAGAGUCUCAAGUCAAUAUUAUGGACAGCAGUUCACCACUUUGGCACUAUCAAGAUGACACUUGUAGGCCCUUUUUUAUCUCCAGAUCAAUGCUCUGAUAUCAGGGAAACCUUUCUCCAAUUAGAAAAUUCAUCUCACGUGUUGCAAGCAAUGGAAAUUGAGCUAAGCCUGUUGUAUGAGGUUCUUCACACCAAGUUGCCUGUGGUUGGUUGCAUGAUUGGAUACAUUUUCAGGUUCAUUACUAUUUGUUGCAUCUUGGGAGCCUUGUUGUCCUUCUCAUUAUUUAAGAAGCAUUAUGAGUUGGGGCAGUUUGACAUCUGGCUAACCUAUGGGUUGCUAAUCGGGGCCUUGCUAUUGGAAUUCAUGUCUGUCAUAUUGCUUGGUUUAUCUGAUUGGAUUUUGGUUGCUCACAUCCAGAGUAUGGAGUCCAAAUUCUUCAAUAAGCGCAGGUGGUGUAGAGCAGUUUCGCAGUUGAAUUUUAUUACUUACUAUGUUAAAUAUUCCCCAGUCUUGUUAAGAGACAUUGCUAAGUAUCUUGGCAUACGGAUUUUAUUGGAAGCCAUAAAAGGAAUCCUAUGUCUCUCUUCUCAAGAUUUCAGAGAAGACCAAUGGCGCUUCAUUUAUGAGGAAGUGAUAAAAUUGAGCACAUCCUUAAUCACAGAUGCGUCUCGGCCAACUGGGCUAGAGGCCAAUCAAGCUUGGAAAUCCAAUAGGAAACGGGCUCUUGAGAGCUUUAGCAAUUCUACGGACAUCGCCAAUAUCUUGGAGGAGUUAGAUUACUCGAAGAGUGUACUAACAUGGCAUAUAGCUACUGAAAUAUGUUGGCUGCAGCAGGAACCGGACCAACCGCGUGGCUCUGGGACUGAAGAAGACCAAACGUCUACCUCUAACGGCUUCAAUCACAAAGAAAUAUGCAAGCUGCUUUCAGACUAUAUGUUUUAUCUUUUAAUAAUGCAUCCAGCUAUGAUGGCAGCUGUCUCAGUGAGUUGGAAAAUAGUGUUUGCAGACACAUUGGCAGAGGCAGAGUCACUGGUAAGCAGGAGGUCAAUCUCAUCAAAUGGAAAGGAUGUCCAAAGGCAAAUAUCAAAGGCUAGCAAAAAAAUCCUUGAACUGAUACCAAAUGCCAGAAAUCCACAAAGGGAUAUUGAUAGAUCAGUGUUAUUUGCAGCCUCUGCGCUAGCCAAACAGCUGAAGAAAUCGUAUCCUUGGGAGUCAAUGAGCAUAGUUUGGGUACAUUUAAUGUGCUUUGCUGCUAUUAAUUGCAGGCCUCAGGUCCAUGCGCAACAACCUAGUAAGGGAGGCGAACUUCUCACAUUUUUUUGGUUGUUAAUGAAUCAUUUGGGAGUCGGGACUCACUUUUCUAGUCAUUACUAAGAUUAGUGACUUUGAUGAUAAGUUUGAUUAGUUACUGUAUGUCUUUCUUAGUUAUCUUUCUCUAAAAAAGUGUUCUUGUUGCUUAUGGUCUUAUCUUUUGUAUAUGUAAUCGGGAUGUAUUUUCACUAUGUCUGGGUCUGUUUUGUAUCUCUCAAGUUGAAUUUCAA